AUGCCCAACGACAUUUCAUCAGAUGCCGCAACCGCAUCCGGCUCGCAAGCAAAAGCCAAAACGCUCCAGUCUGAACCAUCUUCCACCGCAACCACCGCCUCACAGCAGGCGACGAGUCAUCCCACCAAGAACCUGCGAUGUAUUGACAACGACGUGAAGUUCAUCCAAAAGCACGCCGAGCAGGGGACAACUCACCUCGCCCAGGAACUAAAGUGUCUUGACAGCGACCCCAAAUUCGCCGCAUCCCACGGCGCACAGGAGCCAGCAACUCCCACGAAGAAAAAAAUUCGGUGCAUCGACAACGACCCCAAGUUCGUCCAAAGGCAUGGCAAGCAGCCUUAA